GCAACCAACACUUCGACCCAGGCCAUGCCUAACUCCGCACAUGCGCACUCGACACCCAACCUCUCACAGACCUAGAAAUGACGCAGCGAAUCAGUCCAACACCACGUUUACAAUCAAAAAUAGCCUAAAACUGCCCACAAAAAAGAACAUAAAUCAAUUUUAAAUCCUUUAAACAUUGUUAAACAAUACAGAUCAGUACGCGAAUAGGAAACACGCACGCGCGGUCGACUGUCAAAACAAACCAGUGCUUUUGCGAUGUAAACAUGAACGAACAUAAGAUCCUACUUUUAAUCCUCGCUCUGACUAUCUACUGUUUGUACAGUGUUCAUAUGUGGUUUAUGAAAGAAAAUGCAGAAGACACGGACACAAAAAUACCAGAUGUGAUCCAGCCGGCCGCACGAGAAGUGAUUCUUAAAAAUAACACAGAAAUAAAAGAAAAAAAAGUUAAGAAGAAAGCUAUUCCGCUUUUUUUAAAAGAUGCUUGUAGUGUAUUGGAAAUAUUUACUGCAAAACCCGCAACAAAAAAACGCAAACAGAAGAAAUUCGAAAAUAUGGAUAGCAGUAACAAUACCAUAACAGUGAUAGGUAUCACGGUUUUUCUAGUGAUAUUAGUGAUCAAUGCUGUACUGGACGUGCUGAAAGUUAAAGAGGAAGAAAGAGCUAGACUGAAAUUAAACCCAGAUGGUGAAAGAAGGCAAUCCUUGGCGGAGUUUGCUAACAAGAAGUCAUUGCGUCGGGAAUCUAGCAAGUUUGGUCUCCAACUGUUUCAAAUUGCUGAAUCGUUUAUGUCUGGUAAUGAAGAAAAUAAAAAUCGUCGUGAAAUUAGACCUUAUACCAGAGGAGAAUCUACUACAUCAUAUUUUAGUGAAAAGAAGACUUCCGAAGGAUCUGCACCGGCGUCAAUUGGAGAAACUUCAUCGGAACCUAAGCUAGUGAAAAGGCAAUCAGUUUCAAAACUUCUAGAUAAUAAACUCCAAUGGCUACCUCAAAGACCUGUCUACAACUAUCAUCACUGUGAAUUACGAUUUUGGAGAAACAUCGACUUGAAAGUCAUACCAUAUUCGCUGUGGUAUCACAUGUUUCGUGAUCAAAUGACAAGAAGUCUUAAUAUUGGGUGCCUGAAAUUUCCUGUAAGCUUGAAAAGUACACUAAACAAUAAUUGUUGUCGCUUAAAACUAAGCCAAGGAUCACGAGAAUGGGACUUAGAUAUUGACUGUCCAAAUAAAUACGAAAAUAUUCAAGGAAACGUAUUUCACUCACCUCCGAGCCUUUUCGAAUUAUGUAAAAGACAAUUUUACAAAAGUAUUAAUGAUGCUGCUGAAAAAUUGACAAAAUAUAAUAAAGACAAUAUAGAAAGAAAUCUAUCGUAUAGGAUAAAUUACUAUAGUGAUAAUUUUGAGAUUUUAGAGAGAAAUUUUGAAGAAUUCAAUUUACUGAAUGAUGAUGCAAAUGUCUACGAUGAAAAUGGAAAUAAUUGUGAUUUGAAGCACACAUUAAAAAGCGUAAACGACAUCAGUAAGAGGAUUAAAAGAGAUAAAAGAGACUAUUAUGUCCCAACAGAUGUUGUUCAAAAGUAUUUCAAUUUUCUCCCUGUUUUCAUAAAGUCAGAUCUCUGUAAUGGACCAAUAUCGAGAUGCGAAAAUGUUGUAUGUAAAAGACCAAUAUUUGAUUAUGUGCAUUACGAAUUUUGUCUUGGGAAAAUAAUUUUGAUCGACAAUUCAGAGGAAAUACUGCUCAGUGCUGCGUUCUGCUCAAAGCAGUGCGCGAUCAAGUGGAAAGCUGGUAAGACCGUUAUAGCGUGGAAUUUAAUUGUUAAAUGAAGCCGUUUUACUGCACUAGAAAUGUAAUUUUGUUUAAAUAUAUUAU